AUGAAAGCCCAAAACUGCAAAAGUAUAGUUGGAGUAAGGCUAGGAAGCAACAUAGGUGAAAUAACUUACUUGAGGACGUCUCUGGAGGGGUUCUUUGAGAUUGAUAUAAUUGUUUUUGUUGAUCAAUCACAUUCUGGUAUUGAAGCAAGGAACUUGAUGCUUGAAGCCUUUGCUGUAGAUCACGUUGUAAUGGAUUCGAUUGCUGUUGCAGACCCAACUGCUGCUGCAGCUGUGUUUUCUGCGAUUGGAUCUGUGACAUCAAUUGCUGUUGUGACUGCAGCCCUUGAUUUGGCAACAAAGCUAAGAGAUGAAAUACAAGCCUUAAAGGAUGAGAACAAGAUGACUGGUGAGAAGAUGGAAAGCAUUGUAGCCCUAGAGUUCAUACAAACAGAUGGCCAUUGUCUAUUUCUCAAGAAAGCAUUAAUUUCAACCCUAGAUGACAAAGCUCAGACGGGAAGUAUAGAGCUAAAGAGACUAGGUGUAAUUGAAACAACAUCAAGAUUGAAGAGAAAAGGAAAAUCAAGGGCAUGGUCAUUAAUUGGUGACUACAAUAUUUACUGCCUCGGCUAUCUGAUUGAAAGCAUCACCGUUAAUGCGCAAAUCUGA